AGAGAGAGAGAGAGAGAGAGACAGAGAGAGAUGGCGAGGAACAUGAUGGAGCUUGUGAGAAGGGGAAGGAGCGGGUUGCAUCUUCUGCGAAUGGCCUCGCCCUUCUCUACUCAACAAGCGGUGGAUCCUGCUGUGGCUUCUCCAAACCUCAAGGACUUGUCCGGCCUCCGAAUCAACAAGGAAGCCACGCAACUUAUUGGGAGGACGCCGAUGGUUUAUCUGAACAAAGUGACUGAAGGCUGUCAUGCACAGAUCGCAGCAAAGCUGGAAUAUUUGCAACCUUCCUUCAGCGUGAAGGACAGGCCGGCUGUGGCCAUGAUAGAAGAUGCUGAGAAGAAUGGGCUGAUAACUCCUGGCAAGACAACCUUAAUUGAACCCACAUCUGGAAAUAUGGGCAUUGGGCUCUCUUUUAUGGCUGCUCUAAAAGGCUAUAAACUUGUGCUUACGAUGCCUUCGUAUACGAGUCUGGAGAGGAGGGUGACUAUGAGGGCUUUUGGUGCAAACUUAGUGCUCACUGAUCCAACCAAGGGGAUGGGGGGAACAGUGAAGAAGGCAUACCAACUCAUGGAGUCUUACCCAGAUGCGUUCAUGCUUCAACAGUUUGAGAAUCCUGCUAAUGUCAAGGUACAUUUUGAAACCACAGGCCCUGAGAUAUGGGAUGAUACACUAGGCCAAGUCGACAUCUUCGUAAUGGGAAUUGGGAGUGGUGGUACUGUGACCGGCGUCGGGCAGUAUCUAAAAUCAAAGAACCCUAAUGUAAAGAUAUACGGAGUUGAGCCAGCUGAAUCCAACAUUCUUAAUGGUGGUCAGCCAGGUCCUCACCUUAUCACGGGUAACGGUGUUGGCUUUAAGCCCAAGAUCUUGGACAUGGAUGUAAUGGAAAAAGUUCUUGAGGUCAAGAGUGAGGAUGCUGUAAAGAUGGCUAGAGAGUUGGCAACAAAGGAAGGGCUUUUGGUUGGAAUAUCCUCUGGAGCUAAUACUGUUGCAGCACUUCAACUUGCAAGAAUGCCAGAGAACAAAGGCAAACUUAUUGUGACUGUUUUGCCAAGCUUGGGGGAGAGGUACUUAUCAUCUGCCUUGUUUGAAGAAUUAAGGCAGGAAGCAGAGCAGAUGCAACCUGUGCCGGUCGACUAAUCUAGUUUGGUGUUCGUCAGCUACUAUUUCUUAGUCGAUCAAUAUCAAAUUAUGCCAAAUGCUAGUAAUAUCGAUCAAAAGUAUCAUGUAUUACCCAAAAAACAACUUUGUAUUGCCAUCAACAUCCUUUUGUAUUUUUCUCCUUUUCAUUAUUGGUGUGAGGAUAUAUGAAGACAGCAUGUGAGGUUGAUUA